GCGGGAGCGGGACGCGGGGACGGCGCGGCGCGGGCGGCUCUUGGAGGCUCGCGACCGCGCUCCCCGCGAUCACACGCGCUCACACGCAGCCUUGCUGGCGGCAGCCGCUCCCGGGCCGCCCGUGGUCCCCGGCACCAAGGGGGCCUCCCGCGCACACAGCGCACCCCGCGCACCCUGCGCCUCCCUUGCGCUCGGCCGCACCCCGCGGCCCCGCGGGUCCUACGGGAAGAUGGUCCACGAGCGGUGGAAGACCGUGGGCGGCGCGUCCCAACUUGAGGACCGACCGCGCGACAAACCGCAGAGACCAAGCUGCAGCUACCUGCUGUGCACAGUGCUCCUGUCCCUUGCAGUGCUGCUGGCCGUGGCUGUCACCGGGGCGGUUCUCUUCUUGAACCAUGCCCACGCACCAGGCACGGCCCCGCCACCCAUCGUCAGCACAGGGUCUGCCGGGGCCAACAGUGCCCUCGUCACCGUGGAGAGGGCUGACAGCUCCCACCUCAGCCUCCUCAUCGACCCUCGCUGCCCUGAUCUCACUGACAGCUUCGCCCGCCUGGAGAGUGUGCAGGCCUCUGUGCUGCGAGCACUGAGUGAGCACCAGGCACAGCCGAGGCUGGAUGGUGCCCCCGAGCUACUGGACACGCUGGCUGACCAGCUGCCCCGGCUGCUGGCCCGGGCCUCUGAGCUGCAAGCCGAAUGUGCUGGGCUGCGCAAGGGACACAGCCUGCUGGGCCAGGGCCUCAGCACCCUGCAGAGUGAGCAGGGUCGCCUCAUCCAGCUUCUUUCCGAGAGCCAAGGCCACAUGGCUCACCUGGUGAACUCUGUCAGUGAUGUCCUGGAGGUUCUGCAGAGGGAGCGGGGACUAGGCCGGCCCCGUGUCAAGGCUGACCUUCAGAGGGCCCCUUCCAGAGGAGCCCGGCCCCGAGGCUGCGCUAACGGCUCUCGGCCCCGGGACUGCCUGGAUGUUCUCUUGAGUGGACAGCAGGACGAUGGUGUCUACUCCGUCUUCCCCACUCACUACCCCGCUGGAUUCCAGGUCUACUGUGACAUGCGCACCGAUGGCGGAGGCUGGACGGUGUUUCAGCGCCGGGAGGACGGCUCUGUGAAUUUCUUCCGAGGCUGGGAAGCAUACCGGGAGGGCUUUGGCAAGCUCACAGGGGAGCACUGGCUGGGGCUCAAGCGAAUCCAUGCCCUGACCACACAAGCAGCCUAUGAGCUUCAUGUGGACCUAGAAGACUUUGACAAUGGCACUGCCUACGCCCACUAUGGGAGCUUUGGCGUGGGUUUGUUCUCUGUGGACCCUGAGGAGGAUGGGUACCCACUCACGGUGGCCGACUACUCAGGCACUGCAGGUGACUCCCUUCUCAAGCACAGUGGCAUGAGGUUCACCACCAAGGACCGGGACAGCGACCACUCGGAGAACAACUGUGCCGCCUUCUACCGAGGGGCCUGGUGGUACCGCAACUGCCACACAUCCAACCUCAAUGGCCAGUACCUGCGUGGUGCUCACGCCUCCUACGCCGACGGUGUCGAGUGGUCCUCCUGGACUGGUUGGCAGUAUUCGCUCAAGUUCUCAGAGAUGAAGAUCCGGCCGGUCCGAGAGGAACGCUAGGCUGACAGCCUGCCCAGCCCUGGUGUCCUCUGGUUAUGUCCAGUCCCCGCACAUCUCACCCCAUGCCCGCUCCAUGCCCGCCAUUGCAAGAGCAUUCUCUGCCCUCCUGUGCAUGGCUGACCUGCUCUUCAUCAGGGAUGCCUUAGGGCCAGCCCUGAAACUCAGCUCCCAGAGCCAGUGGCACUCCUUCCCUAUUUAUCAGCUAACAUGAUCUCCCUUCUAUCAGUGGGACUGGCACUUGGCAACCCCAAAUUCCACCUGCCCCAACUUUGGCCCUUGUGCUGUGCCUGCUGCCUCCUGGCAGGGCAGCACCCCCUCUUCCCCCACUUCCCUGGCUUCAUGAGAACAUCAAGAGCAGGGGUCAAACAGCGUUCCAGACCCCUCCAGCAGACCCAAGUGGAAGGCUCAGGCCUUGUGAUGCCUGCCUGUUCUAGCCCCACUCCCUCUGGGCCUGGAGACCCCACCUCUUAUCAGACACCCCGAAUAGCUGGGGCUGAACAUUGCUUGGUUUUGUCUUGUGGACAAUUGGCCUUGGGCACAGCUGUCUACAAAGUUCAAGUCCUAAGUCCGAGGCCAGUCCUUUAGGUCACCCUUCCCUGGGCCUCUGCAGACCUGAGAAGUUUCUAUCCUGGCUGCUUUCAAAGCUCACCUGCUUUUUCCCACUGGGACAAGGUCUAUCUGGCCUCCUGCAUGGCAGCCAUGGCUUCUGUCCCACUUUGCCUGCCUCUGGGGCAGGGGAGGGACUGGCCCAAGCCAAUGAGAGCCUCUUGGGGUGGGGCUAUGCUAGGCUCUUGUGCUCUGCUAACCUCCACUGACUGCCUCUUAGUAUCCUCCCAGAAGUCAGAGAGUUGAAGCGAGCAAACCCUGGGACUCAACAGGGCCUAAGGCUGCCAUCUCUGCAGAGAGGCUGCCCCCUGCUGGUGAUUAUGGGUACUGCCAUCAGGGCCUAAUGGGGCAGGAGACUCGAGGCAACAAGCAGGUUGAACACCUGGACCUGCACCCCACUACUGCCCCCUAUAGGUGAUCUCCCAGGAAGACAGGCUGCAGCCCCAGCCCUGCUUGGCAGCUGAGCAGCUUCCACGUUCUGUGGGAAGCUUUGAAAAGGCUGGAAGGUAGGAUGGCAAUGGUGACCCUCCUCUGGCAGGAGAACGGGACACCGGCAGGCAGGCAGGCAGGCAGGCAGGCAGGCGGGGACCCAUGCCCUUCCCUUCCACCAGACUUGGAGCAAAGCCUGAAUCCCACUGAUGGACUGUCCUAACUGCUCAGUCCCUCAUGUUGGGUCUCGGGUCUUCUGUGAGGGUCAAAGCCAUCUUAGGUACUGGACAAGGACAGUUUUUGCUUACUUGGUCCCCAGUUGGUGACAGGAAACGUGGGUCCAGCCCAGAGUUAGCCAGAGUUCUGACAGGACAAGGGACACACAGGGAAGUUCCUUCUCGUUCCCUCUCUGUCCUGGCAUCGAGUCUCAUCACAGAGGUGGAGCCUGGCAGACACUACCCACCCCCGAGGCCGGUGUUGAUGCUGCCGCUGCUGCCAGCCGCCGCUGUCAUCGCUGCUCAGAAGUGCUGAGCACUUUCUGAUGUGUCAUCAAACAAACUCCCGCGAGUGUGAUGUUAACGGACUCACAGAUGUGAGCAUGAGAGGGAGGCAUGGGCUCCGGGCCAGGGCUGGGCUGCAGAACACAGGAGCUGAAGUCCAUCCUGACGGGGGCAGCUGGUGACAUGUAUCCCUGUCCGGUCACAUUGGAGACAGUAGCCCUUCAGAGCCCGACCACUGCCCUGGGGAUACCAAGCCCUCCCCCAGGCCAGGCGGGUACUUGAGGGAGUGUGGCUUUGCCAAAUUGUCUUAGUGGGCACAAAGCCCCUCAGAGUGGGAGAGGCCAGGUCAACAGGUCUGCCUUCACCUUCCUAGUGUACACCCUCCAAAGGCAGAUGAGAUCGCUGUUCCACACACUGGGCCACAGCCUCCAGCCCUGGCUUGAGUUCACUGGUCUGAUAUCUGUGCAAGAUGGCUGUCACCCGUGAUCAGAGUGCCCACAGGAAGCAGGAAUGGUGGUAAAACUUUUGGGGGACAAGUCAAGUCCACUGAGACACAAUAUCACCAGGCUGUGGUCACUGACACACUAGAUAAUGGUUGAUAAUUGGUUUGAAAAUGGAAUUGUCAAAUUGACCCGAGUGAGUCCCAUGAUGUCAUUUGGCCAAGCCACACUGCUUUCCUUCUGGGGCAGGGUCUCCGACGCCCCACCCUAAGUCUUGGCAACAUGGCUGUCUCAACUUGCAAACCAUCAAAACUUCUUUCUGAGCCCAAGCUGACUCUGUGGAUUCCACUGAAGGCCUCAAAUCGGCUACACCCGUGUCAUGCCGAUAACUCUUAGCCAGCAUCCUCCCCUCCCCGGAAGCCUGGGCUGGCAGAAGAUCAGGUUAGAGCCGUGUGCCUCUCCUGUGACAUCAGUGGCUCAUGUGAAUGGGGACCAGUGUUUGCUGGCAGAAGUAGCAUCAUUGGUGCCCAUCGCUUCCCUGUCCCCUAAUCCUUGUCACCUCUUGGUGGAGCACGGGAGUCUGUGGCCAUGGUCACCGCAGGUCCUGUCCCCAAGAAGCACACCUGGGAGAGAAUAGGGCCUUGGAUGACCAGAAAGUCUGUGAGUGACAGUGUGACCUUCCAGUUCCAACCAAGAUGGCUGGCCCUGAGGCAGGAGAUGUGGACAAGGGGCAAGAGCAAUGACCACGGCUGACCUAAUCCCGUGCUAUGAUUUGAGGAGCAACAUGCUGACAGAAGACUCUUGGAGCCCAGAACUGUGCUAAACAACAUGGAACCAAUGGUCUGGGGGCCUCCGAGAGCCUCCAGGGAAGGCUCUCCGACCCUGUGUGGUGGCCCCAUCACUGCAGGGAUCCAUCAAUCCAGAGACUCGGAGUCAGGCUGCUGUGGAACCGGGGGUUGGGGAGGGGUCCGACCUGAGGCUAGCUGUGAUGAACAGGGCAGGUGUGCAAGUCGGUGGGCACAGUGGGGCCCUGGAGCUGGGGUGGAGAGCUCUGAGGGUCAGAGCAACACUCCAUGGGCAAAUGGAGUGGAGCCGAUGCUACUUGGGGUGGUGUGUACUUGGUGUCUUGUGUGUCCCUGUCUGCAAUAAAGUCUUGUGGUG